GGGGGUGGAGCCUAUCAAUGAGCCUGGACUGAGGAGUCUUCUGAUGGGCUGCCUGGUGCAGGAGAGGAUGGUCCUCACCGUGGAGCCUGGCAUAUACUUCAUCAACCACCAGCUGGAUCAGGCCCUGGUUUAAAAUUAAGCUAACUACUGAGUACCAAUUUAACAGGGAAUGGAUCAUAUUGUCUAAAGCUGGAAAAAUUGGGGAAAAGUUAUUUUCCCUUUUGUGGCAGCAUCACCAGCUGCAGCCAAGCUGGUACUUCCUGAAGACCUGAACGCAGCACAACGCCGUAUAAAAUUCACGUGAUUUCUGUCAGCACGUCACGCACGACAGUCUGGACCAGCGCAUCAACAUGGCUGCAGCAUCACAACCUGUCUACUGGCUGGGUAAUGACACCCUGAGGGUGUCCGCUGCUCUGUUUGCCGAGAACCGUCGGCGACUUUGCAAAGGGCUGAAAGACAAAGAUGGAGUGGUGUCACAGUCAGUGGUGGUGCUGCAGGGAGGAGAGCAGAAGCAGAGGUACUGCACCGACACAGACGUGCUUUUCAGACAGGAGUCUUUCUUCCACUGGGCUUUUGGAGUAACCGAGCCUGACUGUUAUGGAGCCAUUGAUGUGGACUAUGGGAAAUCCAUCCUUUUUGUUCCCAAACUGCCCGAGAGCUAUGCUACUUGGAUGGGAGAGAUCUUUCCUAAAGAGCACUUCAAGGAGAAGUAUGCUGUGGAUGAGGUGCAUUACACCUGUGACAUUGUUGAUGUCCUGUCCAACCUGACUGCAGCAGUGCUCCUAACACUGCGAGGUCAAAAUACAGAUAGCGGGAGUAUCUGCCGUGAAGCAUCUUUUGAAGGAAUUAGCCGCUUCCAAGUGAACAACACUCUUUUGCACCCUGUCAUUGUGGAAUGCCGUCUGACUAAGACUGACAUGGAGCUGGAGGUCUUGCGAUACACCAACCGGAUUUCCAGUGAAGCUCAUAAAAUGAUCAUGAAGAGUGUGAAACCUGGACAGAAAGAAUAUGAAAUGGAGAGCCUCUUCCAGCACUACUGCUACACUAAGGGAGGGAUGCGCCACACCUCAUACCUCUGUAUCUGUGGAACGGGCAAUAAUUCCUCCAUUAUCUACUACGGCCAUGCUGGUGCUCCAAAUGACAGCACAAUUAUGGAUGGAGACAUUUGUCUGUUCGACAUGGGUGGAGAGUACUACUGCUACUCCUCAGACAUCACCUGCUCCUUCCCAGCCAAUGGCAAGUUCACUCCAGACCAGAGGGCCAUCUAUGAGGCUGUCCUCAAAUCCUCCCGUGAUGUCAUGGCUGCCAUUAGACCAGGUGUGAAGUGGACUGACAUGCACCGCAUGGCUGACAGGGUUCACCUUGAGGAGCUUGUGAAGAUCGGCAUCCUGAAUGGCAGUGUGGAGGACAUGAUGAAGGUCCACAUGGGCUCUGUCUUCAUGCCCCAUGGCCUGGGACACCUGCUGGGCAUCGAUGUGCACGAUGUGGGGGGAUACCCUGAGGGGGUGGAGCGUAUCAAUGAGCCUGGACUGACGAAUCUUCUGAUGGGCCGCCUGGUGCAGGAGAGGAUGGUCCUCACCGUGGAGCCUGGCAUAUACUUCAUCAACUACCUGCUGGAUCAGGCCCUGGCCAACCCCACCCAGAGCUGCUUCAUUAACAACCAAGUGCUGGCUCGCUUCCGCGGCUUUGGAGGGGUUCGUAUUGAAGAAAACAUCGCUGUGACAGCUGAUGGUAUAGAGCUGCUGACCUGCGUCCCUCGCACCGUGGAGGAGAUUGAGGCUUUCAUGGCCGAAUCUGCAAAACCUUUCAGCCCCAUCGUUAGUCAGAAAUUCUGAAUAAUGUUUCACAAUAAAGACCUGUAUGCUGCAAUAUCAUUAUCUAACUGCAGAUAAACAACAUAGAAUAUUAUUUGUGUACUCUCACAUCACACUUAAAACUAAAGAUUUUAAUUUUUUAUCUGAUGAGCAAAAAAGUUUCAUACAAUAUCUUUUACAGAGCUUUUAUAAUAUUUUGAAAAUUGUGAUAAAUGUUCGAAUCACCUUAAGGGACAAACUCUACCUCAGUACAUGCAAUGUAUUUAUAUACCUCCUGGAAUGAGCCUUUUUUUUAAAUAAAUACUUUUUAUUCUUA